AUGGGACCUAAAAAGGCGAAUAAGAAGCAUGAUAAGAAGAAAAAGAGUUCCCAGGGGAACAUCAAGACAAUGGCGAGUACUGAUUCCAUUAGUACGUUAACUAAACCAGCAUUGUAUUCGUUGUACAGUAACGAUGUACUAAAAUCUAACGAGGAUAAGACAUCACAACUAUACAAGCAGGCAAAUUUGAACAGAUUGAGAAGGAAGGGCGGAGAUUUCAUGGAUUCCUCCAGUGAAGAUCUCGAUGAACUCGAUGAGGAUCACACUGAUGUGGAUAUGGAUGUGGAAUUUAAUGGGAAAUGGUAUGUUAGAUUGAUCCAUUUGACCUAUUCCUUUUUUAUUUUGUUUACAUGUGGUAUUGUGUUUGGAGAACUGGCUGAGAAUCUCUUUGAUAAUGAUAAAUUGUAUAAAGGUAUGACCGCAGUGAUACUGGAAGAUGGUGUCAAAUUGAUUGAUAAAGUGGUACCCAAGUCUUCUGUGACGAAUUACAUUGGGUUCGGUAUUGAAGGCAUUUUGCUCUCUUUGGUAUUAAGGGUAUCUGAUUAUCUUAUCAGGCCCAACAAGGAUAAGAUUGGCCAAAGUAAGAAGAACUCGUUUAGAUCGAUUGUAAGAAUUAGUAAUGCUAUUCUGGGGAUAAGUUUAGGUGUAAGACGAUUACCAUGGACCUCAUCACUGCAGGGCUCCAUGCUUUGGUUAUUAGUGAACGUUAUAGUGUGGUUAUUCUUUGAUGGUACUCUAUCGAUACUAACAAGUGGGGUGAUCCAAGCUCUAUUGAUAUGUUUGACCUAUUCUAGAGGUAUUGAAACAAGUCAAACGUUGUAUUUGAUCAAUUUCCAUUUCCUUGGAUUGCUAAUUUUUGGUAAAUUGUCCAGAUACUUAUUCAAAUGA